AAAAAUAAAGGAGGAAGUUCCAUUUUGUCACUGCCCGAGAGAAAACAAAAACGGUAAGGAGAUAAAUGAUUGAAAGUAUUAAGUAAAAAAGCAUUAUUUUGAAGUAAGGCGAGAGCAGAACGAAAGGUGUAGUGCUUUUGCAAUGCUGUUAUCCAUGCGAGGAGGCCUGGGAGCCCGGUGUUUAUUGAUCUUGCUUCUGCUCCUCGCAGCCUGGGGAACUGGGAGCGGUCAGCUCCACUACUCGAUCCCAGAGGAGGCCAAACACGGCACCUUUGUGGGCCGAAUCGCACAGGACCUGGGGCUGGAGCUGGCGGAGCUGGUGCCGCGCCUGUUCCGGGUGGCGUCCAAAGACCGCGGGGACCUUCUGGAGGUGAAUCUGCAGAAUGGCAUUUUGUUUGUGAAUUCUCGGAUCGACCGGGAGGAGCUGUGCGGGCGGAGCGCGGAGUGCAGCAUUCACCUGGAGGUGAUCGUGGACAGGCCGCUGCAGGUGUUUCAUGUGGAGGUAAAGGUGAAAGAUAUUAACGAUAAUCCACCGGUGUUCAGAGGCAGAGAACAAAGGAUACUUAUUCCUGAAUCUAGACUCCUGGGUUCGCGUUUUCCGAUAGAGGGCGCUGCUGAUGCAGACAUUGGUGCCAACGCUCUUCUAACUUACACCCUCAGCCCCAGUGAUUACUUCUCUUUGGAUGUACAGGCAAGUGAUGAACUGAGUAAAUCUCUUUCGCUCGAAUUGAGGAAAUCUUUGGAUAGAGAAGAAACGCCAGAACUUCAUUUAUUAUUGACAGCCACUGACGGGGGCAAACCAGAGCUGGAAGGUACAGUUCAGCUGCUAAUCACCGUGCUGGACGUUAAUGACAACGCCCCACUGUUUGACCAAGCCGUGUACAGAGUCUCCUUAUUAGAGACUACAGCAAAUGGAACAUUAGUGACCACAUUAAACGCCUCUGACGCUGAUGAAGGUGUAAAUGGUGAAGUUAUCUUUUCCUUUGAUAGUGAUAUUUCUCCUAAGGUUCAAGAAAAAUUCAAAGUUGAUUCCAGCUCAGGAGAAAUUAGACUAAUCGAUAAACUGGAUUAUGAAGAAACAAAAUCCUACGAAAUUCAGGUAAAGGCAGUUGAUAAAGGAAGCCCUCCGAUGUCAAAUCACUGCAAGGUUUUGGUAAAAGUGCUGGACGUAAAUGAUAAUGCCCCACAACUGGCAAUCACUUCCCUGUCUUUGCCCAUCAGAGAGGAUGCUCCACUCAGCACAGUUAUCGCCCUCAUCAGGGUGUCUGACCUUGACUCAGGUGUCCGUGGGCAGGUGACCUGCUCCCUGACACCCCACGUUCCCUUCAAACUGGUGUCCACCUUCAAGAAUUACUAUUCUUUGGUGUUGGACGGCGUCCUGGACCGUGAGAGUGAGUCGGUGUAUAAGGUGGUGGUGACAGCGUGGGACGGGGGCUCGCCUUCGCUGUGGGCCACAGCCAGCGUGUCCGUGGAGGUGGCCGACGUGAACGACAACGCGCCGGCGUUCCCACAGCCCGAGUACACGGUGUUCGUGAAGGAGAACAACCCGCCAGGCUGCCACAUCUUCACGGUGUCGGCGCGGGACGCGGACGCGCAGGAGAACGCGCGGGUGUCCUACUCGCUGGUGGAGCGGCGGAUGGGCGAGCGCGCGCUGUCGAGCUACGUGUCGGUGCACGCGGAGAGCGGCAAGGUGUACGCGCUGCAGCCGCUGGACCACGAGGAGCUGGAGCUGCUGCAGUUCCAGGUGAGCGCGCGCGACGCGGGCGUGCCGCCUCUGGGCAGCAACGUGACGCUGCAGGUGUUCGUGCUGGAUGAGAACGACAACGCCCCAUCGCUGCUGGCGCCUCGGGUGGGUGGUACCCGUGGCGCGGUGACCGAGCUGUUGCCCCGGUCUGUGGGGGCGGGCCACGUGGUGGCGAAGGUGCGCGCAGUGGAUGCUGACUCUGGCUACAACGCGUGGCUGUCGUAUGAGCUGCAGGCAGCAGCUGGAAGCGCGCGCAGCCUGUUCCGCGUGGGUCUGUACAACGGCGAGAUCAGCACGACGCGCGCCCUGGACGAGGCUGACUCACCGCUCCAGCGCCUGUUGGUGCUGGUGAAGGACCACGGUGAGCCCGCGCUGACCGCCACGGCCACCGUGCUGGUGUCACUGGUGGAGAGUGGCCAGGCACCUAAGGCCUCUUCUCGGGCGUCAGCCAGCGCUGUGGGCCCAGAGGAGGCGCUGGUGGAUGUCAACGUGUACCUCAUCAUCGCCAUCUGCGCGGUGUCCAGCCUGUUGGUGCUCACGCUGCUGCUGUACACCGCGCUGCGGUGCUCUGUGUCGCCCAGCGAGGGCGCGUGCGGGCCGGGCAAGCCCAGGCUGGUGUGCUCCAGCGCGGUGGGGAGCUGGUCAUACUCGCAACAGAGGCGGCAGAGGGUGUGCUCUGGAGAGGGUCCGCCCAAGACCGACCUCAUGGCCUUCAGCCCAGGCCUACCUCCAAGUGUGAACAUGUCAGAAAGAAGUGAACGUCCAGAAGGAAAUUCAGACGUUUCCGGUAAUGUAAGUCCAACUUUUGAGCUUUGGCUAUAAAUUUCUUUUUUACAUUUAACUUAUCUAGCCAUCUUUUCAAAUAUCACUUAAAAAAAUGUCUUCAAGGUGUUCACUAACAUUGAAAUAAAUCUUAUUAUUUAAUGUAGAUAGUCUAUUAGUCGCAGCUGUGUCUUGAAAGAAAC